AUUCGACGCAGGCACGGGUUUGACAGUUUUUAUAUGUUCAGUACUGAAAUUUACAUUCGUUAACGUGGUUGUUGUGGCAUCACACACGAGCGAAAUUGAAAGUAGAUGCCUUUUAACUUGUACCUACUUCAACCAAUGCAUUGUGAUCUGUGUGGAAACAUUAAGCAAAAAAUCUUAGAGGAUAGCAUUGUUUGCACUUCUCAUAUCAGAAGAGUUUCGAUCUGUUAGUGUGUUAUCCAUCUAGUAACAACUUUACGGAGAACAAUAAACAUCUUCAUUCGCAAGAUCAACCUAAUAUCACCACGAUUUCAUAGCCAUGCAUAUAUAACUCAGACUUGACCCUGAUGGAAGACGGAUUAACACAAAAUAUUUACAUAAAUAAAUAAACAGAAUAACAAUGGUCUCAUCAUGCCUCGUUCGAGUUUAUUAGAGAUUAAUAAUUCCACACAAAAGUUAGAUUAACAACUCUGUCAAAGCGUUAUUACUUAAUACGCAAAUAUUCUACGAUAAGUCUUUGAUCGGUAAAAUAUACACAAUGGACAAUCCGGCUCUUGAAAUUGAGGAGACGUCCAUGUCAUCAGAAUCGACACAAAAAAUGACAUCUAGCACUUCCAGUGACAGGGACAUAAGCCCAAAAAAAGAACAAAAGUCACCAUCUUCAGAUUUAUACUACUCCAUUAAUGACCGGCCACCCUUGCACCUUUCUUUUGCUUUGGGAUUUCAACAUUAUCUAACAGUGGCUGGAUCUUCCGUGUCCGUUCCAUAUAUUUUGUGUCCAGCAAUGUGCAUGUUAGAUGACGACGUGGGAAGGGCUCAACUAAUUUCAACAAUUAUGCUGGUUUCGGGGAUCGUCACAAUUUUCCAAAGUACAUUUGGGACAAGGCUCCCAAUAGUCCAGGGAGGUAGCUUUUCAUUCAUUACUCCAGCGCUGGCCAUCCUCGCCUUGCCCGAAUGGACAUGUCCUUCUAGAAGCUAUUUGGAAAGCAUAUCGCAGGAAGCAAGGACCGAGUUGUGGCAGCUACGGAUGCGCGAAUUAUCGGGGGCAAUAAUUGUAGCGUCGAUCACAGAAGUAAUUCUUGGGUUUUUUGGAAUUAUUGGACUAAUUUUGAAAUAUAUAACGCCACUCACCGUCGCGCCUGCUAUUGCGAUGAUCGGUUUAUCACUUUUUAAAGUAUCGGCUCAACAUGCGGCUGCAAAUUGGGGAAUAUCAAUUUUGACAAUAUUCUUAAUUAUCCUAUUUACUCAGUACCUAAAAUGGUACAAAAUUCCUAUUCCGUUCACGUCUAAUCAAUCUGGAAAACUCCGAAGAUUUCCACUGUUUGAAAUCUUUCCUUUCCUUUUGACCAUUAUAAUUGUGUGGGGAAUAUGUGCCAUCCUUACUGCCACUGAUGCCUUGCCAGAAAACGAUCUUGCCCGUACUGACGUCAAGCUGAAUUUAAUAAGACAAACUGAUUGGUUUCUUUUUCCAUAUCCAUUCCAAUGGGGUUGGCCUACGGUUUCGGUUGGUGCCGUGUUAGGAAUGGUUUCUGGUGUCAUUACCGGCACAGUGGAGUCGAUUGGCGACUAUUAUGCGUGUGCUAGGAUAUCUGGAGCAAGUCCUCCCCCAAUUAGCGCCGUGAAUAGAGGAAUAUUUGUGGAAGGCAUUGGAUGCAUACUCGCAGGAUGCUGGGGCACUGGAAACGGAACGACCAGUUUUAGCGAAAAUAUUGGUGCAAUUAGUGUAACAAAAGUGGGAUCCAGGAGUGUCAUUCAAGCCGCCGGAUUUUUGAUGAUUAUAUUUUCACUAUUGGGAAAAGUGGGGGCAGUAUUUGUGUCAAUCCCUGAGCCGAUCAUCGGUGGCAUCUUUUGCAUAGUGUUUGCAACGGUUGCGGCGGUUGGGCUUUCAAAUUUGCAAGGCGUGGAUCUCAAUUCAUCUAGAAACAUAUUUAUUAUCGGAUUUUCCAUUUUCUUUGCAUUGGUAAUGUCGCAAUGGAUGGGUGACCACAAAGAUGCUAUUGACGUAGGAGUUUCUAGCAUCAACCAAGUGAUCACGAUACUUUUGACUACCGGGAUGUUUGUUGGAGGAGUUUUAGGUUUUAUCCUCGAUAACACGAUACCCGGGACGCCCAAAGAGCGUGGCCUUUUGACAUGGAUGAAAACUUUGGAUGAUGACGAUUCCACAAGUGCAGCUAAUCCUGAUUCUUCAUACGACUUACCAUUUAUCGGGAAUUUUAUCCGCAGAGUAUCCGUAUUUCGAUUGUUUCCAAUUUCUCCAACAUUUCAUGGAUUCAAGGCGAAGCAUCCGAAACUCCCGAAGGUCAUUGGAAAGAACAAAGUUUCAAUUACUGACAUUGAGACUGCACCCAAAAUACAAAAUAAUGCGCUAUCGCGAGAUCGUUUGAAAGAAAUAUACAGUGCAAAUGAAAAUUGAUUACAUAUAUUACUCAAUAUAUAUAUUUUAACGCAAAUUUUAAAUCUCUUGAACUAUUUGUAAUCUUUGUAGAUUUACAGAUUGAUGACAUAAGUAAUUACUUUUCAUAUGUAUAAUGCCGAUGAGUUAUAAAAAUAUAUUCAUGCAAGUUAAGUAUAUAAACAAUCGCAAA